CAUUUGACAGCAGCACACAUGAACAUCAGUGCUGCGGAGUAGGAGCUGACCUCCGGUGGACAUUAACGUCGUAUUAUCUGCGGGUCGGUGUUUUGUUUCGAACAGCGCAUGGAUAUGACAGGAUACGCCCCUGUCAUCUCUACUGACUGAUUACAAACGCGUAGGAGGACCUUGAAAGCUGGCGAGUUGUAGCGCUGGUUAGCUUGCGAGCUAACGGUAGCGAAGCAGCAGUGAGCGGCGGAGCCUGCUUCUGCUUUCUACCGUCAUAUGGCCAUCGAAGGUCGGAAGGACUAUCGCUGUUUGCCUGGUUAGUCGUUCAGCGUAAUUCAUUUGUCAUAUUAAUCUUCCCUUUUGCAGAUAAAACCUCGCUUGUUCGCCAUUUCCCAGGGGAAUUUACCCUUUCUUCAGUUGUCAGUGUUUAUAUUUAUUAUUUUACGAUAUUAACACUUAGAGUUUGCUAUCCCGUGUAGCUAGCUAUGCUAACGCCAGCUCAGUGAGGGCUCCAGCCGAGUCGAGGAAGGAAGAGUGUUGAUGUGGGCUGCGGGAGGCGGAGGACGGCUUUAGGUGCAGGAGAGCAGCAUUGUUAGCUUCGUCUCAUCCUUUCUUAAAACAGAACCCAAACUGUUCCUGGCAUUAAAAAAAUAUUCGGCCUAUUCGGUUUGUUAGGUGGCUAAAUGAAUAGUGUUAACACUACUACAUCGUGAGGCCACAGUGCCAGCUUCAAGCGGAGACGCUCUCUACACAUCAUCCAUCCGACGGACUGCAGCAACCACCCAGUUUGCUUGAAACAUGGCUUCGGCGGCCAGCAUCGCCGCAUCUAUUGCGAGCAAAACGAAGACGAAGAAGAAACACUUCGUCGCUCAGAAAGUGAAGCUCUUCCGUGCCAGCGACCCUCUGCUCAGCGUACUCAUGUGGGGAAUCAAUCACUCGAUAAACGAGUUGAGCCAUGUUCAGGUUCCUAUCAUGCUCAUGCCAGAUGACUUCAAGGCCUAUUCUAAGAUUAAAGUGGACAACCACCUCUUUAACAAGGAGAAUAUGCCGAGCCAUUUCAAAUUCAAGGAGUACUGCCCCCUCGUGUUCCGAAACCUCAGGGAGAGGUUCGGUAUUGACGAUCAGGAUUUCUCGAACUCUCUGACUCGCAGCGCUCCCUUGAACAGCGAGGCUCAGGGUCGCAGUGGGGCCCGCUUUCAUACCUCUUACGAUAAGCGCUAUGUCAUCAAAACCAUCAGCAGCGAGGAUGUGGCUGAGAUGCACAACAUUUUAAAGAAAUAUCAUCAGUUCAUUGUGGAGUGCCAUGGCAACACCCUACUGCCUCAGUUUCUGGGGAUGUACCGUCUCACAGUGGACGGAGACGAGACCUACAUGAUUGUUACUCGCAAUGUUUUCUCCCACCGCCUUUCUGUCUACAAAAAAUAUGAUCUAAAGGGUUCCACAGUGGCAAGAGAGGCCAGUGAUAAGGAGAAGCAGCCACCCCCACCAGAGGAUGUGCCCCCGCGGCAAAAAUCUGGUAACGUUCAGCAAAGGCUGCAAACACUGCGGAUUGCCACACGCUUUUACUGUGCCAUGAAACACGUAAGAGAUGCUAAGGAGCUGCCCACCUACAAGGACAAUGACUUCAUCAACGACGGGCAGAAGAUUUACAUCGAUGGGGAGAACAAAAAAAUGUUCCUGGAAAAGCUUAGGAAAGACGUGGAGUUCUUGGCCCAGUUGAAGCUCAUGGAUUACAGUCUGCUCGUGGGGAUCCAUGACGUCGAGCGAGCCGAGCAGGAGGAGGUGGAGACAGAGGACAUUGAAGCGGAGGAGGAGGGCGAGAGUGACGGGGGGGUCAUUGGGACACCCCCCGACAGUCCCAGCAACACCCUAGAUAGUACCAAGCCGCUGUCACCUGGAGAGUUUGAUCCCACCAUUGACGUCUACGCCAUCAAAAGCAACGACAGUGCUCCCAGAAAGGAGGUUUACUUUAUGGCUGUUAUCGACAUCCUGCAGCAUUAUGAUGCCAAAAAGAAAGCUGCUCAUGCCGCCAAAACAGUCAAACAUGGGGCAGGAGCAGAAAUCUCUACCGUGAACCCAGAGCAAUACUCCAAGAGAUUUUAUGAGUUCAUCACCGCCAUCCUGUCAUAGCCCCCCAGAACGACAAGAGCACCAAGGCACAUGGGAAAGAGAGGGAAGGUGGGAGGGAGUGCAGGAUGGGGAAGGAGAGAGGAAAGCAUGGACAGGGUGAGGGGGCGCUGGAGGCCGAAUUAAUAAGGUGUCCCUCUUCCCUCUGGUUAUUUGUAGUUGGUUUCUCUCUUUCAUUGGGGUGCCGUCUGUCUGCAGCUAAACAAAACAUUGUUUGUUUACAUUUAACCUCUCCUGUUGAAUUCUGUUUUCACAUGUAACUUUGGAUGAUGAGGUCGUUUUUAAGCAAGUGUCCAAAAGUCAUUCAAUUUGUCAGGCGUUCUUGUUUAUAGUUAUCGAUGUCGGCCUGUAGUUUUGUUUUUAAUAGUUAUUAAUAAUAUUAUUAAUAACCCCUCCCUUACUCCUCAAAAAAAAAAAAUCCAGCACCGGCUUUUUUGUUGUUGUUGUUGUCCUUUUUCAAUGUGAUAUUUGUUGUUUUCCUCAUUGUUCAGUGGGAGGCUGAAUUUCUAAAAGCCGCUCUGGCCGUGAAUGUUGAGCCUCGCCUGAUGCUUCGUUCCAGGGAGUAGAAAGCAGUCUUCCAAGAGGCCAACAACCAAACGUGCUCCCAAACAGCUGUUCACGCACCCAGCCAAACAAAGCUUCCUCACUCACCCCCACGUUUUUUUUUGUUUACAUUAUAUAACUAGACUAUAUAAUGCAUGUUUACUCCCCACUCUGUCUGUGAUUGUUUUUUUUUUUUUCCUUUGUGACAUACCGUGAUUUCUAAUGCAAAAGGGAAGACUGAAUCUCUACAAAUGAGAGGUAAAAAAGAUGUGUGCAGCUUCCUUUAUUGUCCUCUGGAAAUAGUUCACCAUUGUUGUGGGAGAUAGCAGUUUCUGUUCCUGCUGCCGAGAAUUGCCCAGAAGUCAUUAGUGACAGCUUUAAGAGCGAGUCACUGCUCAGUAGAGAAACAAACAUGUAUUUAAAGCAAAAAGGCCCCGUAAUUUUUUAUUUUUCACUUUGCCGACUGCACCUUAUGAGUGAAACCCAAACUGUUGCACUUUCAUUCUUCAUCAGGAUCUUUUAUUCUGUUACACGCGCAGCAGAAAGACAAACUGAGCUCGCUCAUCUCAGAACCGAAGCCUGAUCUCGGAUCCCGUCUUCCCCGACAUCACCCGUCUGCCCGUCUUUUACUCGGGUUGGUUUGGAAGAAUUUACUGCAAUAUUUAACGUGGAUGUAGAGGGGUUAAUUUUAUAUCUCUAAAUCAACCUUUCUAAUCCUGUUAGGGGCGCUCUGCGACGUCGCAGUAGUGCUGCACAAAAAGGCGGUUUACCUCUGACUUCGUAUCAGUGUUCAAAAAAUUGGGGAGGAAGGAGAUCAGGAGUAGCCGCGGAUUCAUUUUUCCCCUAACAGCAACAUUAUCUAACCUCGUUUUUGACUGGUGUGUGUAUGUGUUUUUCGUUUUGUUUUUCUUUGUCAUUGUUCUCACUGUUUUUUAUCUGUCUUUGUUUGUUUUUUUAAUCAUUGCUCUUUUUUUUAAUUAUUUUGUAUAUUUUGCACAAGAGGAAAGGAACCAAACGUUACAAAUACGACCCCAAUUAGUGGAAACGGUCUUAACAAGGGAAAUGCAAUAUACUCGUGUAAGUUAGUGAUUUGUGUGUGAGGUCGCGUUAUCACCAACUGAAACAGGUCAACUCGUUCUUUCUGACUCAUGCAAAAAGCUUCCAACGUCAUGUUUGUUUAAGUGUCAUAGAUUAUAUUGACGUUUCUAUUUUUUACAUUAGAUUUUAGUCUCUGAAAAUAGAGGGGAAAAAUGGAAAAACUCUGUGGAACAAGUAAUGGUGCUGCAGUAAUGAAGAAUGACUCUGUUUGAAUUUUUACAAGUUCUAAUACUUUAAAAAUAAUUUUUAAAAAAUGCAUGUCACAGUUUCCUUUCCUCUCUUUACUCUGUCGUUCGGUCUGUUCUGUAUGUGCCCCUCCACCUAAACCACGUUAAGUAGUCCCUUCUGUUGCAUAUUAAAUAGCUGUUUUCAUUGUAUACACUGUGCAAGAUGUGUGCCUUUAUACUCCAAAUUAUUUAAUUUUAUAUUUUGUAAUCUUUUUUUUAAACAAGUGUAAAGGAUUAUUUUAUUAACAGUGUGUUUACUUUGAUGUUUUUUUUUUUUUUUGUGCGUGUGCAACCUUCCCUCCAUUUGGCACCUGGUAGUAUACUUGUCACUCAGUCCAUGUAAUAAAACCGUUUAAUUGAUCCUUUUCUAACCAACAAGGUUAAAAAUGAAAAAAAAAAUGAAUAGUGAAUAUUUUAAUUUUGUGGGUUUCUUUGAAAUCUGUAAAUGUAAAUUGGUGUUUCCUUUCUGCUCAGGCUGAAAGAGAUAUCUCCUCACAUUUUUAUUAUUUUUGUUUUACCCCACGUCGGUUCAUGCUGGUCUUGCCUUUGUUAAAAGAGAGAGUGUGUGUGUGUGUGUGUGUGUGUGUGUGUGUGUGUGUGUGUGUGUGUGUGUGUGUGUGUGUGUGUGUGUGUGUGUGUGUGUGUGUGUGUGUGUGUGUGAGAGAGAGAGCAUUGUGAAAGUGUGCGUUUUAUCUCUUCUUCCACCAAACCCAGAUGCAGUCAUGGUAGAUUUUUGUUUAUUCAUUCCACAGUGAGAUGUUGGUGAUCAUCGUGCUCCAUCUCUGUAAAUGGUCUUUCACAUGCAAUAGAACAGUGUACAUGUCACGCGCCGCUUUGUUCCGUUUUCUCCCCCAAAGACGCUGCUGCUGCUGAAGCUGCGAGUCGACCCGCUGCCACUGCUUCACACGCCAAAAUCGCCUCUCAGCAGUCAGACCCCCAAUCCCUGUGAGCUUCAGAACAUUGUGUUUAGUAAAAUGCGUGUUAGUUGGGAUUAAAUGUUUUGUUUGUUUUUUUCCCCAUAUUAUUUCUUUUUCUUCUCUGUGGUAAAUGGAGUGAGAUGUGCAGUGCUCAUAUGUCUGUAACCGUAUCCAGGGGCGGUAGGGGGCGGGGCAUGAGGGAAACACAUGUAAAACGGCUCCAGGGCCGGGCAUCCUCUGCAGAUGUGGGACAGUUUUAUUAGGCUUUUAAGUUUUAAAAACUUACAAAGCUCUUUUGGUGGAAACUAUUUUUCUUUUUCACAGCGCUCUAAAUUGGCAUGCACCACCUGACCCUGCAGAGCGUGCUCCGGUCUCAGCAGCCUCUGAUGCUCUCUGACCCCGGGCGUUGCUUUAAGCAUUAUUUGUACGCGUCUGUGUGAGAGUAUGCAUGUCUGUGUUUUACAGUCUGCCGAGUGUUUCCUUUCAGUGGCAGACAGGACAAGAUGAAAUUGUGUUUAUUGUUUAUUCAUACAUGGUUACAUAACAAUUACACUCCAUUCCAUAAAGCAAUCACUCCAAAUAAUUAAAGCACUUGUUCUGCCUAA